AUGUCAGCCCAUCUGCAAUGUAUGGUCAUAUGGAACUGCUCCAGCUUUCUGAUAAAGAGGAAUAAGCAGACCUUCAGCACCAAACCCAAUAAUCUGAAGGUUUGUAAUGCUUUCAGCUACAACGAGCUAAUUCACCGCAAUACAGUGGGUAUGUGUGGUGGCUGUCAUGAAGCAAAGAUCUGCCAGCAAAAGCUGGCCACCUCCUACAUGCAAACCACUAUCAACAAGAACACCCAGGCCACACUGAGCAGCAACUAGCACAUAAUAUAGAAGAACAAGUACUGCCUGGAUCUGCGCAUGGCCACCAUCUGCAAGGCCAGCACCACCCUGCACAGCCAGAAGCCCAUGAUGGUGCAGAGGAAGCAGAUCUGCCUCAUCAAGAGCUCCUGA